AUGAUCACCAUCACACCCCUCAGCGUUCCCUGGGCUUCUUCCCAACCCUUCGCGUCCACCUCGACCUCUUCAGAGCCCGGCUUCUCCCUCAUUCCAAACGGCACAUCCAACAGCGCGGCUUCUACCGAGCGUCCCAAAGCUCUAGCUUACCUGUUGGACAUCGACAACGUUAGGAUACUCAUCGGCUGUGGAGCGCCCGAAAAUUUUAGCUUUCAGCGCAAAGACGCAGAUAAUGAAGGAGAUGAGGAGGCUGCGAAGAGAGGAGCACAUGUCACAGAAGAGAGGGCGCAAGGAGAGGAUGAGAUGCAGUCGGAUCUGCCAGAAAGGCUUAGAGGUGAAAGUCUGGCUCGCCGUGCUUGCACCGAAAAUUUCGACACGCUGUUGGCAGAGUGAGUCAUCAUUACCCGCUACAGGGUACAAAGCCGUGCUUGCCAGGCAGCGCUGACAAUCGCACGGGGAAAAUGCGCGAAUCAGUCUGGCACCGACGAUCGAUCUUGUGCUAUUGUGCCACUCGACACUUUCCCAUCUGGGCUUGUACUCGUACGCCUGGGCACAGCUAGGCCUCAAGUGUCCCGCAUUCGCGACCCUGCCAGUAUCGAGUAUGGGACGCUUGACGGUUUUGGAAGCUGUUGCGGGCUGGUACAGCGAGCUGGGAUCGCCCACCGAGAAGAUUGGUCGUGACGAGUGCACGACCUCCGAACAUGCUCGCAUUCGCAGGUGUCUGACCUCUCCCAGCUCCAUCGAAGAAUCCUUCGAUCACAUCCGAACCGUUCGAUACUUGCAGCCCACGUCCCUCGAUGGAAAAUUAGCAGGCAUUACUCUGACUGCCUAUUCGGCCGGUCAUUCUCUAGGAGGCACGCUAUGGAAACUCAGAUCGCCCGUCGUCGGAACGGUGAUGAUCUGUUUAGACUGGAAUCACAUGAGGGAAAGACACUUGGAUGGAACCGCGCUUAUCGGAGCGGGUGGAACCAAUGCGGGCGCGAUGGAGGCGGUCAGAAGAGCCGAUGUGCUGUUAGCAGAUUGCGAACGUGCGAUGAUCGUCAAUCCGAGGAGAAAAGAUAAAGAUGCCGCUUUGCUGGGUAAGUGCUAUGUGUCAGGCUGACAAGGCUCUCGUUGACGCGCCAAAGGAUUUGCACCCCUGCCCACUUUUCGAAUCAGAUUUGGUACACAACACGAUCAGAUCAGGGCACAAUGUCCUCAUGCCUGUCGACGCAUCUGCACGUCUGUUAGAGCUUUUGGUGCUUCUAGAUGCUCACUGGGCCUACGCCUAUCCGAACGUCAAGUUCCCACUCUGUUUAAUCAGCCAGAAUGGCAAAGAGGUGCUGGAGAGGGCCAGAGCUCUGAUGGAAUGGACGACCAAGACCUGGGCUGCGAAGCCGAAUGAAGAGACGGAUUCGGGAAAUAAGAAAAAGGGAAAGGACUCGAUGAGUCAGCCUUUGGAGUUCAAGUGAGUGUGCGUGCGCGUGCGGGAAUCCGACAUUUGGAGCUCACUCUCCGCUCGCCAUAGAUACCUACGAGUCUUCUCUUCUCUCGAAGCGAUGGACACGGCAAUUCCUGCCUCGGUGGCCAAAGUGAUCUUAUCGGUGCCUCUUAGUCUGACGCACGGUCCAUCCCGAGCCUUACUGGCGCGGUUCGAGAAGAAUGUGGAGGACAUUGUCAUUCUGACCCAGCGUGGUGAGCCAGGAAGUCUAGGAAGGUGGUUGUAUGAUAGAUGGGAAUGGGGACAGGAAGAAGGAGCCAAGUGGGGCAGAAGCGCUGUUGGCAAAGAGAUCAGGCUGCAGCAGGAUCAGACGUGCGAGAUCAAGGUAAGAUUGCUCGCGUAAGUAUUCCAACUCUUCUCAAUACUGACUCGUCGCGCCGUUCUUCGCCUCGCUGCCAGCUUUGUGAGAGGGCGUUGUUGACGGGGACGGAGCUCACAGAAUAUUUGGAAGCUGAACAAGCGGCCAAAGACAGAGAAGCUGCCCAGAAAGCUCUUCGUGCUCGAACCAAGCGACGACUAGAGGCUGAUGAAGAGGAAGCUCAGGAAUCCGAUUCGGAUGUCGAUUCGGAUGCUUCUUCGGUGGAUGGACAGGGAGACAUAGAUGGUUUGGGCAUGGGAGCCGGAGCGACUGGUGAAGCUCCUUCAGAUGGAUAUGGAGAGCCCGGUGGAUCGAGGAAACGGAGGAGGACGGCCUUGAGUUCCGAAAGGGAUGUGCGAAUGGGAUUGGGCUUACAGGAUGGACGAGCUGGUGGAUAUGCCAAGGAAGCGGACGAGGGUGCAGAAGGAGGGACGAGCGGGCUGUCUUAUGACAUCUACUUGAGAGGCUCGUCUGCUCGUGCGACCAAUUUCUUCGGUGCCAAUCCGGUUGCUGCUGCUGCUGGCGCUGGUGGAAGAAAAGGGGAAAAGUAUGGAGUGGGUGUAAGGUAUAGGCUGUUCCCUGUUGUGGAGCGCAAGAGGAGGGUGGACGCGUAUGGAGAGACGAUUGAUAUCAGUCGAUGGUUGGAAAGGGGCAGAGAGAUGGAAGAAUUGGCUGGCGAUCCGAAUUCGGCCAACGGACCCGCUGGUGCUGCCACUGCCAGGGGCGAGAGGUACGAGGACCCCGCAAUCAAGGCAAAGAGAUUGGAAGCUGAAAAGAAGGCCAAAGAGGAAGCGGAAAGACCACCUGCCAAAAUCGUUGGUCGCACCAUCAGCUUUCAGCCCACUUGCCGAUUCGCAUUUGUGGAGAUGUCGGGCUUGGCAGAUGGGAGAGCCCUGAAGACCUUGUUGCCGCAAUUGUUGCCUAGAAGAUUGGUUCUGGUCGGCGGGGACGAAGCUUCGAAGAUGGAUGCUGUCAAAUCCUUCUCUGCCAUAGAAGGCAUGACCAAGGAAAUUUUCGCUCCUUCUUUGGGUCAAUUCAUCAGCAUUGGAGAGCUCACAACAGCGUACACUCUCAACCUCGGAGAAGGCCUCAUGACCAAGCUCAAGUUCUCCAAGUUUGAAGAUUACGAAGUGGCCAAUGUUUUGGAGGCCAAGUUGAGGUUCGGGAUGGAGAGCAAUGUUCCUAGCUUGGAACUACUUUCCUACGAAGCUGACGGUGACAAGGAGAGCGAAAUGAACACGAAUGACGAAUCAACAGGGGCAACGUCAGGAUCCAUUCAGACCUUGCUCAAGCGGCCUACCAAAGCCGUCUCCUCUACUCUCUUCAUCGGCGACCUUCAUCUGGCCUCUCUUCGUGCACUCCUUUCCACACCGCCCUUCAGGACAUCGUCAGAAUUUGCGGGCCAAGGUUCGCUCAUCUGCGGCAUUGGCGCUUGGCAAUUAGGCCUCAAAAGCUCUGCUAGCGGAACCGCCUCUUCCAGCGCUGAUGGCGGGGAGAAUCCGGAACCCAGCGUGUCGGUCAGGAAGGAGAGCAAGGGCAAUGUUCUCGUGGAGGGAAAUGUCGGCGUAGGCUUUUACAGGGUCAGAGAUGCCGUGUACAAGAGCUUUGCUAGAGUCGACACAUGA